CGUCUGUCUGCAACACAAAAAGGAGAGAGAAAUCGGGUGAAUGUAAAAGCGCCCCCCCGCCAAGUGCGGCUUUAACCUGCGUAAAUGCCUGUUGACACUGCUUCGUCCACUGGACCGGGUCUGGAGCUCCCUUUUUAGUGAGAUCAGUCAGUGGGCUGGUGACAUCUGAAUAAUUAGGCACAAAUCUCUUAUAAUAGCCAGCCAGCCCCUGGAACUGUCACACCCCCUUUUUGGUCUUGGGUCUCGGGCAGUCCGCAAUUGCCGCUGUCUUGUCAAUUUGGGGACGCACCUGCCCAUGGCCCAAGUGGAACCCCAGAUACCAUACCUCCACCUGCCCAGUUGUGCACUCCUUGGGGUUUGCUGAGUCCCGCUCGUCGUAGCGACCUCAGAACCGUCCUCAGAUGCUGCAUGUGCCCCUGCCAAUCAUUGCUGUAAAUGAUGAUAUCAUCUAAAUAGGCAGCGGCGUGAGCUGAAUGCGGUCUGAGGAUUCGGUCCAUGAGACGCUGGAACGUAGCCGGGGACCCAAACAAACCGACCAGAAGUGUCAUAAAUUGGUGUAAUCCGAACGGUGUCAAGGGGAUCUGCCAAUAACCCUUUGUCAAAUCCAGUGUCGAAUAAAAUCGAGCAGUGCCCAACCAAUCGAGCAACUCAUCAACGUGAGCAUUGGGUAGGCAUCAAAUUUAGACACCGCGUUGACCUUUCUAUAAUCCACACAGAACCGGACAGACCCGUCGCUUAGGAACCAGAACAACCGGGUUAGACCAAUCACUGUGGGAUUCCUCUAUUACCUCCAUAUCGAGCAUUGCAUCCAAUUCUUCCCGAACUAUCUUUUUUUUGUGCUCAGGCAAUCGGUAGGGACGGCUGUGUACCACUACCCCUGGGCCGGUCUCGAUGUGGUGCUGGUUGAGGUUUGUAUGACCCGGCAGAGGGGAAAACAUGUCUGCAAAUUCCUGUUGCAACUUGGCAACCUCCGCAAUUUGAUAUGGUGAGAGGUGGUCUCCGCAAGUGGGGUGGGGUGAUAUGAUGGUGUUUUGUAUUCACCUCCGGCCCGAGCUCCACCCUCUCUGGAACUACUGUAGCCAGCAUCACAGGGACCUCCUCCCUCCAUAAUUUCAGGAGGUUGUGGUGAUAUAUUUGAUGUGCGCCCCCUCUAUUGGUUCGCUUUACCUCAUAAUCGAGAUCCCCCACUCGUCGUGUGACCUCAAAGGGUCCUUGCCACCUGGUGAGUAAUUUGGAGCUCGAUGUGGGGAGUAAUACAAGUACCUUAUCUCCCGGUGCAAAUUCCCGCAGCUGAGUUCCCCUGUUAUACAGUCGGCUCUGUCGUUCCCCAAGGUGUGGAGUUUUGCUCUAAGAUCAAGAAUGUAUUGAAUUUCAUUCUUACCGGCUGAAGAUCCCUCCUCCCAAGCUUCGUGUAUGACAUCAAUCACGCCGUGCGGGCGCCGCUCGAAUGGGGAAAACCCAGUGGAGGCUUGCGGGACCUCUCGUACUGCAAAUAAAAGGGGAUCGAGCCAUUUGUCCCAAUUUCUAGCAUCCUCGUGCACAAACUUACAAAUCAUGUUCUUAAGGGUUUUAUUAAAUUGCUCCACCAGGUCAUCUGUUUGUGGAUGGUAAACACUGGUGCAAAUUGACUUAAUGCCCAAUAAUUCGUAAAGCUCGCGUAGUGUCCGUGACAUAAAGGUUGUGCCCUGAUCGGUGAGGAUUUCUUUCAGAAUCCCCACCCGGGAGAUUAUUUUUAAGAGUGCCACCGCAACACUACGUGCUGAGAUGCUGCAUAGAGGCACUGCUUCCGGAUAUCGCGUAGCAUAGUCCACUAGGACUAACACAAAGCGAUGUCCGCAUGCUGACCACUCUAAUGGCCCGACGAGGUCCAUGCCAAUUCUCUCGAAGGGGACCUCGAUAAGCGGAAGUGGGCACAAUGGUGCUAUUGGGGUGGCCAGUGGAUUCACCAGCUGACAUUCAUGGCAUGCUGCACACCACAUGUGAACAUCGCCAAUAAAAAUGGGCUAUUAGUCGGUUCAGUAUUUUUAUUUCCCCUAAGUGACCUGCCAUCAGAUUAUAAUGAGCCGCCUGGAAAACAAUUUCCCGCCGGCUCCGCGGUAUUAAGAGCUGGGUUGUAUCUUCUUUUUUGGGCAACCUGCGUCACUCCAUACAACCGCUCAUUUAUAAUUGCGAAAUAGGGAUAUGAAAGUGCGACCCCCACACACGGGGUACUGGCUUUGGUGGCUUUACCCCAAUUAAAGAAAACAGCUUAAGGUGUUUACAUGACCUUACACGUUGUCAGCUUAUAAAGCAAAAUAUUUCUCAGCUGGACAAGAUGUCUUCCAGAGUUUGACCAGCUUGAAUUUCCUCAACUUGGCUGAGAACCAACUGAGGAAACUCCCUCAAACCCUCUUCCACACCUGAAGCAACUUAAGUGCAUUCCAGAAAAUGUACUGUAUAGAAAAGACUCAACUAUAGCUACAAUGACUUCAUAUUCCCCUAUCAUUUACAAGUACUCUUACAUCAACCGUGCAGCAAACCUCCUUUACUCCCUCCUACAGCUGACGAUCUUUAUGUGAAACAAAGAAGCAUAUACCACAAUGAUCCACAUUCUACAAUACAGUUGUCCUGGAUGACAGACCUGAAAUUGUUCACAACAGUCAUUACAAUGGUUGGGUGUACUUGUGGACUGUCACAUCAAUGGGUCCCCUAAAGUGGCUUCAUGAUGGUUUUGUAUAUUGUUCUCUUGGCCACUGGUGUGAUACUCAUUGUGGCCAGUGUACUGUAUAUACUUUGUAUCGGCUUAACAAGGCGAUGUUUUAGGGGCAGUUACUAUGGGAGAUGAUCAGAGAAUAAUGACCAAAGUAGAAAUUUAGAAAGAGCUCAGGAAUUUUUCUGUAUAUAUGCAGGUAUGUAUCUGUCUGUCUGUAUACACACAAUAUUGUUCUUCUGUACCUCCUGAAUCCAAGUCAUGAAUUCUUGCAGAUGCUUUGGCUACAACAUACUAAUUUGAUUUAUGUGCUCUAUGAUUUUCACUGGCAGCCAAACGUUUGGAACAAUGUACAGAUUUUGCUGUUUCGGAAGGAAAUUGGUGCUUUAAUUCACCAAAGUGUUAUUCAACUGAUCACAAAGUAUAGUCAGGACAUUACUGAUGUAAAAAACAGCACCAUCACUAUUUGAAAAAAGUAAUUUUUGAUCAAAUCUAGACAGGCCCCAUUUCCAGCAGCCAACACCUUAUCCUUGUGUAAUCAUGCUAAAGUUCUAAUUUGGUACUAGAAAAUCCCUUGCCAUUAUAUCAAACACAAUUGAAAGCUAUUUGGUUCAUUAAAUGAAGCUUUACAUUGUCUUUGUGUUUGUUUUUGAGUUGCCACAGUUUGCAAUAGACUGGCAUGUCUUUAGGUCAAUAUUAGGUCAAAAAUGGCAAAAAAAAAAAAAAAAAAAAAGCUUUCUCUAGAAACUCAUCAGUCAAUCAUUGUUUUGAGGAAUGAAGGCUAUACAAUGCUUGAAAUGGCCAAAAAACAGAAGAUUUCAUACAAAGGUGUACACUACAGUCUUCAAAGACAAAGGACAACUGGCUCUAACAAGGACAGAUGUACAACUAAACAAGAGGAUAAGUAUAUCAGAGUCUCUAGUUUGAGAAAUAGACACCUCACAUGUCCUCAGCUAACAGCUUCAUUGAAUUCAACCUGCUCAACACCAGUUUCAUGUACAAAAGUAAAGAUAAGACUCAGGGGUGCAAGCCAUAUGGGAAGAAUUGCAAAGAAAAAGCCACUUUUGAAACAGAAAAACAAAAACAAAAUGUUAGAGUGGGUAAAGAAACACAGACAUUGGACAACAGAUAAUUGGAAAAGAGUGUUAUGGGUUUUUACCCCAUUGAGAUUUUGAGGGAUCAGGUAGACUGUAAGGUGCGUGAGAAGACAUGACAGCCACAUCUAUGGCAAGUGCUACAGGAAGCGUGGGGUGAAAUGUCAUCUGAGUAUCUGGACAAACUGACAGCUAGAAUGCCAAAGGUCUGCAAAGCUGUCAUUGCUGCACAUGGAGGAUUUUUUGAUGAGAACUCUUUAAAGUAGUUUAAGUUCUGAACAUUUUAUUUUACUUUUUUCAAAUUGUAAUAGUAAUUUUUCAUGUUAUUAAUGUCCUGACUAUACAUUGUGAUCAGUUGAAUGCCACUUUGGUGAAUAAAAGUACCAAUUUCUUUGCAUAUGAGCAAAAUCUGAACAUUAUUCCAAACUUUUGGCCGCCAGUGUAUGAAUGUUCAAUUUUACGAUUGAGUUGCUAAUCUAUGACCAUGUGUAAAAUAUUUUAUGUAAUCAUUCGUUUAUACACACAUUCAAAGUGAUUCAUUCACAUUUCCUUUUAAACACAUGAGUUGACCUUGCUGCAAUUUCCAGUGCUUUAUCUUCAAAACUGGACACACCCUUGGUUGUAAGCAUAAGACCAGAUAAAAUGUUUCUGUGCCUAAAGAGUGUUGCACUGUCAUGGAUGCCACCUGGUGGAUGAAAAGCAUAGAGCAGAAGUUAUGAAGCAAAACUGCAUAUGCUGACAUGUUUAAAGUAUACCAUGUUUUGAAUUUAUUCUGAGAACAAUAAAUGGAGAAUAUAACAUAAAAUAAUAAAAUGUAAAUAGUUUCAAAUGGCUCAUAUGCACAGUUAACAAUACCUCUUGUCUACCAUGUGUGGUUAAACUCAUGGCUCUGCUGUUAAGAUUACUUACAUUCUUCAGCAUACACAGCAAACACUGUGAUAUGCCAAGCACUAUUAUCAGAUUCAUGCCACUCCCACAUGAGUAAUCAUACGACUCAGCAAGCCAAAACUUGACGUUAUCUGUAACUCUCGAAACUCAAAACAGUCUAUUGAGAGGGUGUCAUUUUUCUGUAGCUGUGGUUCAUCCGCAAAUUACAACAUUAACAGGAUGUGAUUGGUUCAAAGUUUGACUCAAGGUUUAAGAGUUUGAAACAUGUGUAAAAUUACUUUUAGGCAUAGAGGAAAAUGGAAAUAUGUGACCAAGUUGUAUUAUCACAUUACAUAAUUAUAAAGUUUAUAGAGUAAUUCUCCGCUAUAAAGCAAAUUAGAAAUCUGGCCUAAUACUAUGAUACACUUUUUAUGAAAUGUUUUCCUUGAAAAAUUGUGUUUGUGCUAAUUAUUAAAAAUAAAUGUCACUGGUUUGAUAUUUUGCUAUAAAAUGCAAAGAUAUUCAUACAUUUUUAAGUGUAGCUAGGUGCCCACAUAUUGUUGGGGCCUACUGUAUAUGAAUCACUGACAGCAGAAGGAAGACUUUGUAGUGACAUUGGCAUCCAGAGAUUUGUGUGAACAUGUUUAGGUAUCACAACAUCUCACUCUGUCUGCCUUCCGACGAUAUAUACGGAGAAUAGAGGGGAGUAGUGUCAAAAACAUGAACUCGCAAAGAAAGCCUGGACAAUUCUAGAAAAAAUAUCACCCGCCACUCCAUGAUGCCUAAACUUCUUUGCUCGAAAAUUAGGAUCUACGAGUUCAAUGAUAUAAUUUGGAACAAGAAACAUCCAAAAACACUGGAUGUUCAGUUGAGCAGAAAAAAGCAGAAAAAAACAUUUUUGAUCCGGAAAAAGAGCUCUGACAUCUCUGAUUACAAAUUACAUGACCAUUCGACACUUGGACUAAAGCUUACUGAUCUGCUGGAAAAUAAAGACUACCUGGCUGCCUUUCAUUCAUUUCUCCAGUCUGAGUUUAGUGCGGAGAACAUUGAAUUUUGGCAAGCCUGCAGGGAAUACAAGCAGAUGACUUCGCCUUGCAAACUCUCUAACAAAGCAGCAGAAAUCUAUGAAAAAUUUCUACAUCCUAUGGCUCAAAAAGAGGUCAACAUUGACUAUCACACUCGAGAGAAGAUCAAAAAAUCCUUGAUGAAGCCUGACCUCACUUGUUUCAAUGAAGCAGAGACACAUAUAUACAGACUAAUGGAGGAAGACUCCUGCCCAAGGUUCCUCAAGUCUGAGGCCUACCAGAACCUGAGAAACACAUCCAGGAACCCAAUGUAGACCUGCCAUCAACAACUAAUUUGCAGACAAGAAAAAAAUAUAUUUCUUAACAAGCACCCAGACAGAAAGGACAGAGAGGACAUAUGCACGUGGUUUAGGGGAAAUGACUGUGGAGAACAGAAAGUGUGUGGUGUGCAGUGUUGACUUCAUUGCUUUUGAGUGAUAAGAUGAACAAGAGACAUAAAAACAUCACUAAAAAUUUACAGUAAUAGGAAAUGGUCUAAAAUGAAGAUAAAUUUCAUGGUUUGGGAGAUGAGAACGGGUGCCUUUUCCAUUUUGAAAUGUACAUAUCUGUAAGAUUAAACAAUCUCUGACAAAUAAUGUGUUGAUAAAUUGCAUUGUGCCAUCUCAAGCUAAAUUAACUAAAUUAAUACAUUUUAACACAUAUUGGGAUAUAAUUAUGCCUUCACAAAGGUAAAAAGAUAAUUAUUUAGAAAGAUAAUUUAAUAAUAAUUUUUUAAUUUAAUAUAUUUGUAUAUGAGGAACAAAUAGUAACUGUUUUGUAGAAUGACCAAGACAAAAUAAUGUACACUGAAAAAAAGUUUAAAAUUUAAAAUGUUGUCUCUACUCAAAUAUUUUGUGUAGGGAAAACCUAAAUGAAUUGAGUUAACCUAACUUAAAAUUACAUCUGUUCAAAUAACUCUAUUGAACCUUGCAGCUAGUUGCUAGCUAGCAACAAAUGCAUUAGCAUAUUAUAUAUACUGUAUAAUAUGCAACACAUAUUAUUCACAUUACCCCAACAUAAUUAGAUUAAGUGAACAUAGAUGGAUUGUACACAAUGAAAUCGAGUUAAGAUCAAAUGUAAAGAAUUGUGUUGCAUAAGCUUAUUUUAAAUAAGUUAAAUGAGCUAGUAAAAUGAUUGUACACAGUGAAAUUGAGUUGAGACCAAAUGUUAAAGAAUUGUGUUGCUGUAGCUCUUUUUAAAUAAGGUAAUUGAGCAAGCAGUAAACAUCACAUUGAGUGAACACUAUCCGAAUCCAUUUGAAAAUUUCACAGCAAUGUGAUAUCACUUUUUGAUGACUGUGCUGAACAUCACUUGGACUUUACACAAUAUAAAUAUGUUCUCAUCUCAAACAUAAAUGUAUUAAGUCGAUUUCAAGUGUACUGGUUUAGUAUUUUCAUUAGAGCUGCUUUCCCUUUUUUCAGUGCAUGAUGUCAUUGUUUUGACCCACAAUUAAACUUUUAGAACGGUU